GUUCAACAUAAAUGUUCUCAGUCGUAGGCAGACCAUGACAUGUAGUCGGCCUAUCAAUCCUGCCUUGUCAAAACAUUUUGUUCUUUGGCCAUGGUACUGCACAGCCGCCUCGGAAUUCCGCCAUGAGGCGCUAUCGUGUGUGAGGAGAUCCCCUCGCUUGCCACCCCAUCUCCGUUGAUGGACAAACUACCAGUGCCGAGACCAACUUGGGGACUGCUCUCAGGCGAUUGUGGCACCAGGAUUGCAAUCGACAUCUUAGGAUGGAUUCUCUGUAUCGACCAGUCCGGGAUUGUCGAGAUAUCGCAUCAGGUCAAUCUGAUGGAGGAGAUUUACUCCCACUGCUCACAUAGAAUCCUUUGGCUUGGAGAAUAUUCCGACUUUACAGAUAUGCCACGACGUAUCCAGAAUACCUUGCCGAAUCAGCAACUCCCAGUCCAUGAGGUGUCAGUUACUCAUCAGGCAGGUCCUCAUGCCACCGAAGCUACCGUCGCCGAGGAGGAAGCAACCAAGGUAUUUAAGCUCGUAGAAAUAUUUGCGACUGGUGGUCAUUCAACCUCAAAUAAGAAUCUGUAGACCACAGUAAACAAGAGGAACUUCGAGCGCUUGGGAGCCUUGCGGACCUCAGAUGAUGGCAAUACAUUUGGACUGCGCAGGAAUUAAUCCUACCUACACAGGCUACAUUUGUCUCUAGCACCUUAGACUGCCGUUGUCUAAGAUGAUACAGCUUUUCCGAAGCCAUCCGACAGUCUUUCGUCGACAAAGCUGUGACAAUGAUCAGACUGUUGGCGCUUUAUGAGUCAGAUUGGUGCUAUCCCCGCCACGUCAGACAUGGUCAUGCAGAACCCGAUGGCAUCAAACCCUUGGCAAACACGAGAGCUUUACUAUUCUCAAUUUGUCCCGCUCUUGACAAGAGCUAGAGGCACAAAAGCUUCGCUCUGCUAGCUCUGGGUGAUACAGUGUGUGCGGAUUAUUCUCUUUUGGAGACAGGUACCCUGGUAAUUCGCAAUUCAAUCACUGUUAGAGGGAGCCUACACAUUAUGCUAAGGGACACCGAGGUCCAAAGGUUUCUUGGUUUACCAUCUUGGGUUUUAGACUGGUGUGCCGACCAGGAUGAGGUAAUUUUGGGGCCUGAUAGGGCAUGGCUCACGUUGUAUCGAUACACAAUGCAAGUGCUUGAGAGCCAGGCAUGAUAAGGGAAUCCCCUAUGGAGUCAGUGUUGUAUUUGCAGAGACUGUUGGCUGACCAAAUUUCCGAUGCUGGAGCCGGCUUGACCCUUUGGGUGAUGAAAUUCUCAACGUACUAGAUUAAUGGAGGGUUAUUGUUAACAGGGUUUGCGAAGCUAACUACACUUAUCCCCCUAGAGUGACAUAUGAAGAUCGCUUCUGGCGAUUGAUGAUGGCAGACAUUCAAUAUGAACUUCAGAGUAAGGGAGAAUACACCAGCCGGCUGCUCCAAGGAUGAGGCAGAAGGCAAAAAGUCAUGGAAGAGAGAGUGCUUGCUUGUGCCGAAUUGGCCACUGUCUUCCUAGCCAAGCGGUUCUUUGUUAUCGAAAGGGUUGAUAGGACUGGGGGCCAGAACAUGAGGGUCAGAGAUGCCGUUCACAUUGCGCUCAACUGUAGCAGACCAAGGCGCCCGUUGCCAUCAGGAAUAUGUUGUACAUGCAUAUGUUUACGGGAUCAUGGGCGGAGAGGUG